AUCGUGUGUGCUUCGUUUUACUACAACCCCACCGCGAGAGACUCGAAUAUCUAAUAAAAAAAAAAGUAAUUACUUGUGUGUAUUUAACGAUAACGAUAAAAUAGUAUAGGUAGUGAUAAAAAUAAAAUGUCUUCGAUGAGCGGUGACGAGAAUGAAUUAACAGAAAAUGAAUCAGUUAGAAGAACAAGAUCCGGACGUGCGUUAAAAACCCCAGUUAAAAAGACGCCUAUCAAAAAACCUGUGACUAGAACAACGCGGGCUCGCGGCAAAGCUGCCUUAGAAACAGAAGCUGUCGAGGAAUGUACAACAGUAGUUGAGGAAGUGGAAGACGAUUCUGUCCCCGAGAAUGGAAUGCAGGAAUUGCAACAAGUUGUAAUUGAACCAAACGAAGAAAGUGCAUCGUCAGCACCUUUUGAAGAGUGUGAAGAAAUAGCUGACAUACAGGAAGAAACACAAUACGAACAAUCAGAUCAAGAGACACAGGGUGUGCCGGAGUUGGAAGCACCACCACCACCAGUUGUCAGCAACAAAACACCUUCCGCUACUAUUUUAUCUACUCUUCGAGUAAAAGAAUCUUCACAGAUGAUGGAUGAUGAAAGUAAUGUAAUUACACUGGAAGACAACAGCGUUGACAAUGAACUUGAGGCACAGGACAGCAAUCUUGGUGAUGAAGGUAUGAAUGGCGGCCAUGUAGAUGAAACUCAAGUGAUUGAGACCAGCGAGGCGACGAAUGAAACGGAGUCAGCAGAAGCUAUGGUAGAGGAUACAGAUGUUAUUAUUCAAGAAGAAACUGACGAGCCCAUGGAAGUUAAUGAUACAGUGCAAGAAGUUGAGACGAUUGAUGAUGCUGGUGAUGAUGAUGAAAAGUUACAAGAAAAAAUUGAUAAUUCUCAAGCAGAAAGUGAACAAGAGGUUCAAGAAAUAGAACCAGCUCAAGUUCUGGAAGAAGAUGAAAAGAAGGAGCCUGACACUGAGGCUGUGUCAGAAGAUGAAUUUCCUACGGAAGCUGCUGCUAAGUAUUUCGAAGACGUGGAAGAUGUGUCUGAUGAUGACUUUUCCUUAUGUGAAUGUUUAAUUGAGGAACCAGAGACUGAAGCAGUUUCUGAUGAAGAAUUACCAGCAGCACCACCAGCAGAUCUAGGUGAAACAGAAUCUGUAUCCGAAGAUGAACUGCCACCAGACAGUGAGAAAAAACGAAAAGCUGCUGCUAAAGCCUCUGAAAAAUCAACUGAGAAAAAAGCCAAAUUAGAAGCUGGUACUAAAAGAAAAUUGAAUGCUGAAGGUGAAUAUGACCCCAGCUCACCUACCUCAGAAACCAAUGAAGAAACUCCGGCCAAAAAAGCAGCUCUGGCCGCCGACACUGAGACUGAAGAAAAACCAGAGACUGCUCCGCCUUCACCCAAGAAAAAAACUCUCCCUGAAUUGGACAAGUAUUGGAAAGCAGUAAAUGAAGAUCCUUCCGAUUUUACAGGAUGGACAUAUCUACUCCAAUAUGUUGACCAAGAAAACGACGCCGAGGCAGCUCGUGAGGCCUAUAGUAAAUUUUUGGAGCGCUAUCCCUACUGCUACGGAUAUUGGCGCAAGUAUGCCGAUUAUGAGAAGAAAAAGGGCGAUCCCGACAACGUACAGACGGUAUUCGACAAUGGUUUGAAAGCUAUUUCUCUCAGUGUUGACUUAUGGCUUCAUUACAUCAACCACUGUAAGAGUAUGUACGAAGAAAAUGAGGAAAAAAUGCGUCCAGAAUAUGAGAGGGCUAUCGAGGCUUGCGGUCUGGAGUUCAGAUCCGAUCGUUUAUGGGAAAGUUACAUCAAAUGGGAGCUUGAAGGAAAACGAUUUAACAGAGUGACAGCUCUCUAUGAUCGACUACUUUGUACACCAACACUCGGUUACAUGACGCACUUUGAAACAUUUCAAGAAUUUGUAUCAUGCCACAGUCCUAAUCGUAUUUUAAGUGUAGAUGAUUUUCUAGCAUUACGAGCUGAAGUUAAAGCCAUGCUUAAAGCUGAUGAAACACCUGCAGCCGCACCAACAGAUGAUGCACCUCCUGGUGAAGAGUUACCUCCUCAUGAAGCGCCGCCGACUGAUGAAGAGACACGUGCCAUUCGUGAAAAAAUAAUAAGCUCCCGACGUAAAAUGCAUAAAGCUAAUGUCAACGCUGUUGCUGCUCGUUGGGCGUUUGAAGAAGGUAUUAAAAGACCUUAUUUCCAUGUCAAGCCAUUAGAGCGUUGUCAAUUGAAAAAUUGGAAAGAAUAUCUCGAUUUUGAAAUUGAACAAAAAGAUGAAAACCGCAUUAUUAUUUUAUUUGAACGUUGUUUGAUUGCGUGUGCGCUGUAUGAUGAAUUUUGGUUACGGUUUAUUCGUUACUUGGAAUCUUUAAAAGGUGACAAUGUUGAAAAAAUAAGGGACGUUUAUGUACGCGCUUGCGAAAUUCAUCAUCCGAAAAAACCAAAUCUUCAUCUCCAGUGGGCGACAUUUGAAGAGGGAAGAGGAAAUUUCGAUAAAGCUGCUAGCAUUCUUGAAAAUAUUGACAAUGUCAUACCUAAUAUGCUACAAAUAGCUUACCGUCGUAUUAAUCUUGAACGUCGACGUGGUGACUUAGAUAGAGCAUGUACCCUUUAUGAAAGUUACAUUAGCAACAGUAAAAAUAGAACAAUAGCUAACAAUAUUGUUGUAAAAUACGCGAGGUUCCUUUGUAAAUUUAGAAAUGACAUUGACAAAGCUGUUAAAGUUUUACUUAAAGCUGCAGAUAAAGAUAAAGAAAAUCCACGGCUCUAUCUUCAAUUAAUUGACUUGGGACUGCAGAGAAAUCCAGUCGAUACUAAAGAGAUUAUCGGGUAUAUGGACAUGUUCAUUGAACGAGAGCAUGUAGAUCUUGAACAGAGGGUCCUCUUUGCUCAACGGAAGGUAGAAUUCCUUGAAGAUUUCAGCUCUGAUAUCAACGAAGUACUUCAAGCUCACGAGCAAUUCCAGCAGUGCAUAAAACAAGCUAAAGAACGUAAGAAGUCAAAGAACGAUGACAGCAAAGUCGAUUCUUCGCCGCCGAAGAAAAUAAAAACGACUGACCCAUCAAGCGCACCACCACCACCUUCUGCCAACACUCAAUCAACUUAUCAGUACAGCAGUGGAACAAGUGGAACUUAUCCAUCACAACAACAAUUCCAAAGUGGACAAUACGCCAAUCAAAGUGGAUAUCAACAGAGUUAUCAGCAAUAUCCACCCCCGUCAGAUCCAAAUUACGCGAAUUAUCAAAAUUGGCAGUACAGCCAAAGUGGACCGCAGGCGUACGGGCCAUAUAAUCAGUGGGGAUCUUACAAUUACUACUAAAAUUCCCCGAUAAUUGGUAAUAAUUUUUCGAUAAGUGAUACAGUACCUCUGUAAAUUUUAAUAAUCUCAACGUGUGUUUUAUUGAGUACACAGCACAAUUUGUGCAAGAAAAAAAAAUUGAAUAACUGAUGAUAUAUUCGUAAAAUUGAUGAUUACGUUAUUGAUCCUUGUGUAUUCUUAAUUAUCUCGUGACGAUAAUAACUAUUGAUAUUUUGAGACGUGACUUUUUCUAAUCUUUGACUUUGCACUCGAACAGUUAUUUAUAAAAUUAAGGCUUUAUAUUGAUUAGAUCAGAGUUUUAGCGCAAUAAAAACAAAAAAAAUUAUCUGAAUUUUAUUUAAAAUCUUGUUAUAAAAUUAAAACAGUAAUAAAAUAUCAUUUUUUACCUGUAAAAAUUAUAAAACCAAUAAUUUUUCAUAAGUUUAAUUAGUGUCAUUAAACAUUUUAUGUUUAAAUCGUCAUU